AUGGUAACAGAACUGAAUGUAACUUGUUCUUCUUCAUUAAAUUCUUUAACAUCAAUUGACAAGAUAUCUUCAAAUAAUGAUGAAAAUUUUGAUAUAGAAAAUAAAGUUGUAUUUAGGAAAAGAGAAAAAAAUGAAAAUGAUCAUGGAAAUAUAUAUAUGGUUAUUUGUGAAUGUAAAGUUGAAUCUAAAAAAAAAGAUAUGGAUUUGAAGAGAGGAUCAACAAUAAAAGUUGUUAAAACAGAAAAAAGAGAUGAUGGUCUUAUAGAGGCAGAAGUUAAUGGUAAAUCUGUUCUUAUACCAGAGGCAUAUCUUGUUGAAGCUGUAAGAGAAAAAAAUAUUAUACCACAUCAUGAAUUAGAGUAUAAUGAAUUAACAUCAAGAAUAGGUUCUGGAGCAUAUGGUACUGUUUAUAAGGCAAAAUAUAAAAAUGAAUAUGUUGCUUUUAAGACAAGAAGAAUUAAGUAUAUUAAGACAAUUAAACAUAUGGGUCUUGUUAUUGAAUAUUGUGCUGGAGGAACAUUAAGUGAUAUUAUACAUAAAAAAAAAGUUAAUGAUGAAUUAUGUUAUAUAUUAUAUUUAAAACAAAUUUCUGAUGGUAUGUCAUAUUUACAUAAUGAUAGUAAAUGUCGAGAUCUCCUUAUUGGUAAUGAAGGGUAUAAUGUUAUACAUAGAGAUUUAAAACCACAAAAUAUUCUUAUUAAAGAAUCUAUAUGUGAACAUGAGGGUCCUUCACUUUUUGAUGGUAAUAUUGUUAAAUGUAAAAAAUGUAAAAAUACUUAUGUUGGUAAUGUAACAUUAAAAAUUGCUGAUUUUGGUUUAAGUAAAUUGAGAAGUCAAUUAAAAAAUUAUCAAGAAAAACAUUUUUCUAUACAAGGUACACUUCCAUAUACAGCUCCAGAAGUAAUAAGAGGAAUAUGUUUAAGACAAUCUGAUGUUUAUUCAUUCUCAGUUAUUAUGUGGGAAAUGGUACAUAAAAAAAUUCCUGGAACUGGAUGGAAUAAAGAUAAUAUAUUUUUUGAAAUUGGUAAAAAUGAAUUUCAUCUAGAUUUUGAGGAAGAUUGUAGAGAUUUAUAUAAAGAAUUAUUUAAUUUAUGUAAUGAUAAAGAUGAUCCUAUGCAUAGACCAUCAUUUCAAGAAAUAUCAGAAUCAUUAUUAAAAUAUCAAGAUAUAGUUAUAAAAGAAAGAAAAGAAAAUUUAACAAUACCUGAUUGUAAAGAAGUAAAUGAAAGUACCUGCCAAUUAAAUUGUAUUCUUGAAAAAUUACGCCAACGAGUAAAAGAGGAGAAACGUGAUCUUGAAACAGUAAUAAAAGAAUUAAGACCAUCUAUUGAACGUUUAAUGAAUACUAAGCCAGAACUUCGUAAAAGAAGUGACAUAACAAAAGAUAUGAUAGGUUUACCUGAAGAUGUUCGUUUACAUUGUUCAUGGAACUCAUCAAAUACAAUGUCUAAUUUAAUUCCAAGAAAUGAUUUUAUAGAAAGAAAUAAAGAUCAUAUCUUUCCAACUAAAAAUCUCAAACCAAAUAGACCAUCAUUAGAUAAUAAUAAUGAUUCUUUCAGUAAUGAUUCUAAUAAAGAUUCUAGUAAUAUUUUAACUAAUGAUAAUACUGUUGAUCUACAAAGAAAAAGUGCCAUUAGAAAUGUAAAAAUUUCACCUUCUAAUUCUAUAAAAGAUGUUUAUAGUAAUGGUUGUGAAAAAGGUGAGACAUAUGUCUACGAUACUGAUUGUAUUGAAAUCAUUGAAGAUGAAUUAGUUGAAGUUAUAAAUCAUGCCAGAGUUAUUGGAAGUUCAACCUCAACUAUAAAUAGUUCCUCAGAACCAAGUAUUUUUGGAGAUAGUGAUGAUAUUGAUAAAUUAACAAUAACAAAUGAUUUCACUGUAAAUAAACGUUCAUUAUCAGAAGCUUCUACAUCAAGAAAUAGUAGUAGAAAUAGUAAUAAUGUUAAUAAACCAAAAAAACAUAAAGUUCCUAUAUUUAAUAAAUUCAAAAAUUUUAUUAUAUCUAAUAAGGGAUAUAAAAAUAAAGAAACAUCUAAAUUUUAUGAUUCAUCAUCUUUAAAUAUAAAUGAUGAUGGAAAAGAAUCACAAAUUUUGUAUGAUGAUAAUGGAAUAAUAAAAACUAAUAAAUAUAAUAAAAGAAGUCAUACAACAAUGUCAAUAGGUAAUUCAUAUAUUCAGGUAUAUGGAAAAAAUCAUAGUCGAAAUGCAUCAUCUUCUUCAACAAAUUCAGGUAUCAAUAAUUAUGUUAAUGAAUCUCUAGAAUCAGGACAAUGGGAAUAUGAUUCAAAUAAAUAUUUAGAUAAAAAUGAUCUUGAACCUUAUACCUAUACACAAAUUAAUUCAAUUUAUUAUCAAAGACAAAAAAUAAAAAAAGAAUCGGAUAAAGUUAAAGAUAAUAAAGUAAUGCAUAAUGUUUUUAGGAACCAUGAUUAUGUUAGUGCUGAAACUACACCAACAAUUGAAAAUAGAAAAAAUGAUACUGAAGAUAGAGAUUAUGAAAAAGGUUAUAUUUUAGCUAAUCAAGGAUAUAAAUCACUAGUUGAAAAUACCUCAUCAUCAGAAUCAAAUAAUAAUCCAAUAGAAGUUGGAGAAAAUGUUUCAAGUAUAAUAAAGAAAUUUAAUGGAGAAUCACAAAAACCUUUUAUACCUAAUUCAUUAAAAAUACAUCAUCAUCAUACUCACAAAAGUCAUUCUCCAUCACCAAUUGGUAGUUUAAUUGAACAAAUUCCCACAAGAACAACUUCUUUAGAUCAUUUAACAACAUUAAGUUUAGAUAAUGAACCACCAGAAGUACCAUCACAUCGCACAAAUACUCUAACAUUAACAUCAAAAAUUAAAAAAGAUAACAUUGAAAAUAAUAAUAUAUACAGUAUUCAUAAUAAUACUUGCAAAGGAGAAACUUUUAUUGAAAAUGAUUCUUAUAAUGAAAUAAAUUUUAAAGUACCACAAAUUCCUAAUAAACUACCAAUUAGAAGUAGGCAAGUUAAAAGUAAUGAUGGAAUACGAAUAUCUCAUGUUUAA